AUGGUGCCUGAAGUGCGAUGGGAUGUGAAGUGGAAUGGGAGUGUUGAAACUGACCCUAUUAAUAACACAAGAAUUCUUGAGAGACAUUUGCCUUCCCCCUCGUGUUCCUGUCCUGGCAAGAAUGCUGACAUCAUCAGCAGUGUUGAAGCAAAAAUGCGGACGUUCACUAUGAAGAGACGAGCGGAAGAGCAUGAAAAGCAACAGAUCAGGGACUCGACUGGUUUUGCUGGAGUCCUCAUCAGUCCCCCCAACUCCCCCCUGCAGUACCCCUCCCAUGGAGUCACGGUGGAGCCCCUGAAGACAACUCUCCUGCCAGGGUUGGCUGUACACACUCAAGAAGGAGGAAAGGUUUUCAAGGUGUCCCUGCAUGCCUCCCACGGUGUCAUGGCCGUGCAGGGGGCUCCACAGGAGCAGGGCGUGAGAGGCCAGAAUCAGAGCGUUCUGGACAUCAGUGCCACGAGCCUGGCACACCUUAAUGAGCUGCUGGCACAGGUGACCUACUGCAGCACGGCCUACCACUUACACAUGGAGGACUUGGUCCACUUCUCUUUUGAGGACCAUGAGGUCGUCUUUCCAGUCACAGUCAAGAGGUCUUCAAUUCCUGUUCUGUACGAUCUGGGUGAAGACAUUAAUUCUCAGGUGACCAUAGCCGUCAAGACGUUCUUAAGAUAUAAAGAGCUGAGGACAUUGAUCGAAAGCAUUAGGGUGAAAUACCCACACAUUCGAAUCAUUAUCGCAGAUGACAGCAAAGAACCAGAGAAAGUGGAGGGUCACAAUAUUUACCAAUACAUCAUGCCUCCUGCCCAGGGCUGGUUUGCCGGUCGGAACCUGGCCAUCUCCCAGGUAACCACCAAGUACUUCCUGUGGGUGGAUGACGACUUCCUCUUCCUGAAUGAGACCAGCAUUGAGAAGUUUGUGGAGAUUAUGGAGGCGGUGCCAAAGCUGGAUGUGCUGGGAGGUUCUGUAGGUGGUGACCGGUUCUACUUCACUUUGGAGCACCAGGAGGGUGCGGAGGGGGAGGGUGGCUGUCUGUCGCGACGGCGGAACAAACGUCACGGCCCGCUGCCCGGCUUUAAGGACAGCUUCUUUGGCAGUUUCAUCAAAAGAACAGGGGUUAAGGACUGUGUACUGGUGGAUGGAGUGGUCAACUACUUCCUGGCUAGAACUGAUGCUGUGCGCAAGGUGGGAUUUGACCCCAUGCUGCAGAGGACAGCCCACUCUGAGUUCUUCAUGGAUGGUCUCGGUCGUCUGCUGGUGGCAUCCUGUAAAGGCCUGGUGAUUGGCCAUCAGAAGCCCCAAUCAAACCCCCAAUACAAAAAGUUUCGCAAUCCUGGACGUGGUGAAACCACCAAUAAACUGCGCCUGCAUUACUUUAAGAACCACCUCAAGUGUGUUGCAUAUUGAGCUGGGUGGGAGCUGU